AUGUGUGACAUGCUACUUUCUGGAAGUUUCUGUGAAAUUCACUGGGGUGUUAAGAUUCUCCUGGAAGAAAUUGUGGAAAGAAAUGAAGAUGAUGUCUUCCCCGACAAAGCAACAGAACGGAAGAUACUUUCUUUAACCAUUAGAUGUCCAAAUCACAAAUGUGCCCCAUCUGGAUAUACCCUAAUGGAAUAUACCUCAUCUGGAUGUAACCGGACUGGUGAAUUGAGGGAGAAGGAGAAUCAUGUUAAAAAAUGCCCAAAGGUUCAACUACGUUGCCCCAACAAGUGUGGCAAGUCUAUUCCUAGAGAGGCGAUCACCAAUCACACUCAGACUAUUUGUCCACUAGAAAGAAUAAACUUUCCCUAUCAAUAUCUUGGCUGCGAAAGAAAGAUUCUUCGGCGCGAGGUGGAUCAUCACCUCGAAAUCGACAUCAAAUCACAUUUUGAUUUCGCUUGUGCGAAGUUGAAGGAUACAGCUAAGGAGCUUGGUGCCAUAAAGAGACUCGUGGAUACACGUCUGUUUAUUUGGAGGAUUGGCAACUUUGAUCAAGUUUUAAAACAAGCUACGAAUGAAGGGAAGGAAGAGUUAAAAAGUGAUCCGUUUUACUCAACAACCACAGAAAGUUAUGGCUACAAGUUACAAGUGAGUGUCUGUCCUAACGGCAAUUAUCAGAGUUCGUACCUCUCUGUGUUCAUUGCUGUAAAAAGAGGUGAUUAUGACGCCAUAUUACCUUGGCCUUUGAAGAAGAAAGUGACAUUUACUUUGAUUGACCAGCAAGAAGAUCCAAACCAGAAGGAAAAUGUAACUACGGAGUUCAUUACAGGCGAUUAUCCACACAACUAUAAAAGGCCUUUGGAAGAGGAGAGCGCAGGAAUAGUUUUAAUUUGA